GAAUCGAUAACAAUGGUUUCAGCAACAUGGGGGAUGUCACUGAUGAUGGAGAUACAGGUCAUGUUAGACCUUAUGUGCCCCUUAACACGCAACCUCCACAACAGUCAAAUUCUGAAAAUAUCCUUAAUCUGGGCAACAAAUUGAACUCCGGGAGAACAUCUGUAGGAAAAGGGCUAACCAGAGCAGCCAAAGUAUCCACAUAUAGUUACAAGGCUCGCUCAUCCAAAGACCUGGAGGUGAGCAAAGGAGAGAAAGUAGAGGUGAUAGAACACCGCGGUGAAUGGGUCUACGCCAAGAAGACCACCGAUGGAGGACAGGUCGAAACAGGAUAUAUCCACCAAAGCUACCUAGCAGACGUGGGCAGUCUGGAAGCUGAAGACUGGUAUUUUGGGUCUUUAAUGAGACUGGAUGCAAAACGGUAUCUUCUGCAGGAGCAGAAUCAGACUGGAUCGUUUAUGGUUUGGAAAAACGCAGAAAUUGGCUGCUAUCACCUUUCUGUGCGUCUGAACAAAUUGGUGAGACAUUACAAAAUACAACAAUCCACGACCAGCUUCUAUCUGGUGCAAAGGGCCUCAUUCAACUCCAUAUUGAAGCUGGUGGAACACUAUCAGCUACAGCCUGAUGGACUUUGCACUAAGCUGGAGAAGGCCUGUGUGAAGCUGGAUCUUCCGUCAUUGAGAUCUCUUUCCCACGACACUAAGAUAGACAACCUGGAGAUAAAUCCAAGCUCCAUCAAGAAGAUAAAGGCAUUGGGCAGAGGGAGCUUUGGAGAAGUGUGCCUGGCCCUGUGGAAUGAAACCACUGAGGUGGCAAUUAAAGAACUCAAAGUGAGCAAAGAAUCACUGCAGCAAACGUUAUACGGAGAGGCAGAGACCAUGUGGAAAUUGAACCAUGAGCGACUCCUCAAGCUGUACGCAGUGUGUCUCCAGGCCGAGCCAGUGUUCAUUGUUACUGAGUACAUGAAACACGGAACGCUGAAAUCGUACCUAAAAAGUCAUCAAAAGAGCCGAGACCUGGAACUGCACCAGCUAAUAGACUUCGCUGUUCAGAUAUCUCAAGGCAUGGAUUACAUGGAGCAGAACAGCUGUGUGCACCGUGACCUGCGCAGCGAGAAUAUCCUCCUGACUGCCAUGAUGUCCUGCAAGAUCGGAGACUUUGGACUGGCGCGUUUCAUGGACAGUACAUCUGUUGCUAUCACUACAGAUGCAAAGGUUCCUAUUAAGUGGAUGGCACCAGAGGUUUUCCAGACCCAAAGGUAUUCCAGUAAGUCAGAUGUAUGGUCAUUUGGAGUCCUCCUGGUGGAAAUCGUAACAUAUGGAAAAAUCCCUUUCCCAGGUAAAACAAACCAGGAAUACAUUGAGGAAAUGAUGUCUGGAACACCUCUGCAGCCUCCCGCCGACUGCCCAAACGAUUUGUCCUUCAUAAUGAAGAUGUGCUGGAAGCAACAGCCAGAAUUACGGCCUUCGUUCUCUGAGCUUGAGCUCCUACUGAUGAACCUUUUAAAUCCCACACUUGGUGAAGAUACCAUGGAGUGAACCUUUGUUAAAUGUAGACAUUGCUGCUAAAAAACUUGAAAAGCACCUUUACGACGUACAGGGGCCCGGUGAACCCUUAUAUAACAAGACACAUUUACCAUCCAGCAGGGGUUCCCAUAUCACUUCUAAAUACAUAAUGCUGGCCAAGCUGUUGGAAUUCAUUUGCUCCAGAAAGAUAUAGGUCACCACCUGUCUUUGUGAGUAAAGACCAACUUACUGGGAAAUGUUCCACAAAGAGGGACAGGGUUUGUACCGGUCGUAUAUUUAAUGCUGUAAUAUCUAGACCUACAAUCCUGCCUGAUUUCUCUUAUAAGAAUUAGAAUUAUAAGUCAUCAGUCUGUUGUAUUAUCUCUUUCUUCUUUAAUAAUGGCCUUACAACAGGACAAAGUCUAGACAAACAUCUUGAACCUUUCACCAUGCAAAUACAAGCCAACAAUGUCACUACUGUAGAGCUUAACAUUAGUAGUCCUAUGCUACUGCCCAAGCCUUAAAGGUUUCUUGUCACUGCAAGCCAUAGUAUUUCACAUUUCUACUCGGAUCUUUACUUGCCAAUGGCUAAUGCGAUUGGAAAUAUUUGGCCCCGACUAUUGCAUGUGGGAUAAUUUAUGGAGUAUAAUCUUUGACUUUAUAUAGGAACAAACUCUUACCUUUCUCUGCAUUAUCAAAGACACAGAGCUGCUGGAAGAGAGUCAUUUAAGAGAACUGGCUAUAGAUCCGGCAAUAUUUAUUUGUGUAUUUUAUGAACAAUGGACUGAUGUCGUAAUGUGGUCAUUCUUACGGCACAGAUGGGAUUUGUCUUCAGCAGGGCGAUCAAGCAACCAUUUCCCCCCUAAAUACUGGGAAGUUGGAAACGUAUCAAUUCACUAACAAGCACUUUUUGUUUGAAGAUAUAUUAGCAUGGCAUUUAUCUGAAACAUGGGAUGCCGAGCUAUUACAUUAACAUACAACACAAGCAGCAAUUGUGUGUAUAGGUUGCUGUCCAGAAA